GGUAACGCAUGAAGAAGACCAGGCUACUUCUUGUGACAAUGCUUCACAUUACUAUGAGAGGAAGUUUGGUGUUUGCUGUAAGCGCUGUGCUCCAGGUCAGUAUGCAGCAAAGAGAUGCACUAAACAUUCUAACACGCAAUGCCAGCCCUGUGACAAUGGGACAUAUACAGAGCAAUGGAACUACAUAAUGAAAUGUAUGCGGUGUCGGCCCUGUGACCAUGGUUCUGGGUUGAUUGAGGUGGUUCAUUGCUCUCCUAAACAAAAGACAAUCUGUGCUUGUCCUCAGGGAUUUCAAUGUGAAGCAUAUGAUGAAAAAGGAAAUUGUACAUUUUGCAGCCAAACACACAUCCCAGAUCCUCCCUUGACUGACUCUACUACCCCAGGUCAUCUUCACUGGAGCAUCAUCACUUUCCCCAUUUUGUUCAUUUUUGCCUUAGUUAUAGUUUUGUUUGUUUUAUUUAAAAGGUUAGCUUUGUGUAAAAUCGGUGCCAAUCUUGGCCAGCAAAUAAACAGAAGAAUAUUUGGAAAACAAUAUCCCAGCCCAGCUAAGCACAAUCAUGAGAUUGAACCCAGGAUUCCCCAACAGGAGGAAGGAAAACAUUUACCUUUUCCAAUCCAGGAAACUGAAGAACCACAGUGUAAGGAGACCACCCCCUUGUCCUAUAGUGACAACUGGACAGGACCAUUUCCUGCACAUGUAGCAACAUGUACUUUACUGAGUGGGGUCCCUUCUUGAAAGCUCACCCACUGGGUGUCACGUACAUUAAUGUGCAAGGUCCCUUGUGCUGUGCCAUGUACUGUACUGAAUGGGGUCCCUUCUUGAAAGCUCACCCACUGGGUGUCACAUACAUUAAUGUGCAAGGUCCCUUGUGCUGUACCAUGUACUGUACUGAAUGGGGUCCCUUCAUGAAAGCUCACCCACUGAGUGUCACAUACAGUUAUGUUCAAAGUCCUUUGUGCUGUGCCAGCAGGUUCACCCAGUGUGCCAUGUACUGUACUGAAUGGGGUCCCUUCCUGAAAUCUCACCCACUGGGUGUCACAUACAGUAAUGUGCAAGGUCCUUUGUGCUGUGCCAGGAGGUUCACCCAGUGUGCAAUGUGCUGUACUGAAUGGGGUCCCUUCCUGAAAUCUCACCCACUGGGUGUCACAUACAGUUAUGUGCAAGGUCCUUUGUGCUGUGCCAGCAGGUUCACCCAGUGUGCCAUGUGCCGGACUGAGCAGUUCAAAAGGCAGCAAAAUGAAGGGUCUCUUAAAUGUUUUCCAUAUUCAUUACUCACCGGUUUCCUUCUUUGAAAUGAUGUGAAAACAAUAAAAUAUAUAAAUACCUAAACAAAGACA